GAUUGUUUCAAUGCUCCGUUUGAAGGAAGGAAUUUUAGGAAACAAGGACCAGAAGCCCGCAAGAAGAGCUUACGUGAGUAAACCCGCUCCGGCCACCGAGAAUAAGCAAACUGCUCAGCCCCAGAUUUUGGGAAGAUUAAAGAUGGGUCACCGUGUGAUUCAGUUGAAAAAGAAGUUGGGACAGGGAGGUUACGCUAUUGUGUACCAGGCGAUGGACGAGGACACGUACAAGGAGUACGUGCUCAAGAGAAUGGAUUGCAAGACCCCCGAGAUGGAGAAGCUGUUGGAUAAGGAGUUCAAGGUGCUGCGUAUUGUGCGCGACCACCCGAACAUUGCGAAGAUCUACGCUCUGCAGAAGCGCAAGGCUCCCGGCGGCUGGGAGGCUCGUGAGCUGAUGGAGCUGUGUCCGAUCGGUCUGUUCGACUACCUGAAGGUGCUGGAGAAGGACAAGAAGUACCUUCCCGAGCAGGACAUUUGGGAGAUGAUGUACGAUCUGGUGAACGCGAUCGGCUUCAUGCACAAGCAGAACCCUCCUCUGGUGCACCGCGAUCUGAAGCUGGAGAACGUGAUGCAGGGGAAGGACGGUCGUUGGAAGCUGAUCGAUUUCGGGUCGGUGGUGUUCGGCACGGUGAAGCUGGCGACGAAGGACGACGUGGACCGCGAGGAAGAGCAGAUCGAGAAGUACACGACGCAGAUGUACCGCGCGCCCGAGAUGGUGGACUUCUUCGGAGUGAGCGAGAUCACGCCGAAGACGGACAUCUGGGCGCUGGGCUGCAUUCUGUACACGCUGAUGUUCCUCAAGCAGCCGUUCCUCAACGCGAGCAAGCUGGCCAUUCUGGGCGCCAAGUACACGAUCCCGCCGCGCCAUCGCUACUCCGCCGAGCUGGUGGAUCUGCUGAAGCGAAUGCUGACGCCGGAGCCGGAGAAGCGCGCGUCGGCGGUGGAGCUGUUCAAAAUAAUCAAGGCGAAGGUGGGGAAGCGCGUGCCGCGGCGCGUGCAGAUGGUGGCGAGCAACUUCCACGACGACGCGGUGUCGGAGGAGGAGGAAGAGUCGGAGUCGGAGUUCGACGAUGAAGUGAUCACGGAGGUGGGAAGACCGAAGCGGAGAGGCGUGAUGGGCAAUCGGUCGCAGCCCGAUCGGAUGCGAUUCCGCGAGAGCAGCGAUGACGAUGAUUACAGACCGAGAAAGAAGAAGGCGUCGCGCUAUGACGAUGACGACGACGACGACGAUUACAGACCGAGAAAGAAGAAGGCUUCACGCUAUGAUGACGAGGACGACGAGGAUGAUUACAAGCCCAGAAAGAAGAAGGCGUCGCGCUAUGAUGACGACGAGGACGAGGAGGAAGAGGAGCGUCCGCGUCCCAAGAAGAAGCCCGCGAAGAAGGCGUCGCGCUAUGACGAGGACGAGGACGAGGAAGAGGAAGAAGAGCGACCCAAGAAGAAGAAGCCCGUGAAGAAGGCGGCUCGCAAGGUGGUGGAAGAAGAGGAAGAGGAGGAAGAAGAGCGUCCGAAGAAGAAGGCGGCGAAGAAGCCCGCCAAGAAGGCCGUGCAGGAAGAAGAAGAAGAAGAAGAAGACUUCGGAGAAGAGGCCGAGGAACUCCAGGCCGGAACCCCCAUCGAGGAGGACUUCCUCAGCUGGUAAACCUAGCCCUGCCGCUGCUGCUGCUGCUGGUUGCUGUUGUUAUGUG